CUGUUUUACCGACAGUACAAAAUACGACAUUUCUCUGAGCUACAUGCGGUAAAUUACACUUCAAGUCGUUAAUAAUAUUGUUAUUGUUAGUUAGUGUUGUUUAUUCGAAAACAUAGAAUUAAUAAAAAAUGUCGAAACGAAGAAUCGAAGUGUUAGACCCGUUUAUUAAAAAGAAACGCGAAGAACGCGGUAUAAGCACGGCAGUAACGACCCCGCAAGCAAAUGGCUCGUUUAACCCGUACACAGGGCUCCCGUUCACCCAAAAGUACCACGAGCUGUUCAGGAAAAGGAUAUGCUUGCCCGUGUUUGAGUACAAAAACGAUUUUAUGAGGCUUCUUGCCGAACAUCAAUGCAUUGUGCUUGUGGGUGAGACGGGGUCGGGUAAAACCACGCAGAUUCCGCAGUGGUGUGUGGAGUAUGCAAGAUCGGUGGGGACCAAAGCGGUGAGUUGCACACAGCCAAGAAGAGUGGCAGCCAUGUCGGUGGCACAGCGUGUUUCGGAGGAAAUGGAUGUGGCUUUGGGACAGGAGGUCGGUUAUAGUAUUCGUUUUGAAGAUUGCUCCUCUGCUAAGACUAUAUUAAAAUACAUGACGGACGGUAUGUUGCUGAGAGAGGGUAUGAGCGACCCGAUGCUGGAAAACUACCAGUGCAUACUGCUGGACGAGGCGCACGAGCGCACCUUGGCCACCGACAUCCUCAUGGGCGUCCUGAAGGAGGUCAUCAAGCAGAGAUCCGACUUGAAGUUGGUCAUCAUGUCGGCCACGCUGGACGCCGGCAAGUUCCAGCAGUACUUCGACAACGCGCCGCUGAUGACGGUGCCGGGCAGGACGCACCCCGUCGAGAUCUUCUACACGCCGGAGCCGGAGCGGGACUACCUGGAGGCGGCGAUCAGGACCGUCAUACAGAUACACAUGUGCGAGGAGAUUGCGGGCGACGUGCUGCUGUUUUUGACCGGACAGGAGGAAAUUGAGGUGGCGUGCAAGCGGAUAAAGCGCGAAAUAGACAACCUGGGUCCGGAAGUGGGCGAACUGAAGUGCAUCCCGCUCUACUCGACCCUCCCGCCCAACUUGCAGCAGAGGAUCUUCGAGGAGGCGCCGCCGAACAAGGCGAACGGCGCGAUCGGCCGCAAGGUGGUCGUCUCGACGAACAUCGCCGAAACGUCGCUGACGAUCGACGGCGUCGUGUUCGUCAUAGAUCCCGGAUUCGCCAAGCAGAAGGUCUACAAUCCGCGGAUUCGCGUCGAGUCGCUUCUGGUUUCGCCCAUCAGCAAAGCGUCUGCGCAGCAAAGAGCGGGUCGCGCCGGUCGCACGAAGCCGGGCAAGUGUUUCCGCCUGUACACGGAGAAGGCGUUCAAGAACGAGAUGCAGGACAACACGUACCCGGAGAUCCUGCGCUCGAACCUCGGCUCGGUGGUGCUGCAGCUGAAGAAGCUCGGCAUCGACGACCUCGUGCACUUCGACUUCAUGGACCCGCCCGCGCCCGAGACGCUGAUGCGCGCGCUCGAGCUGCUCAACUACCUGGCGGCGCUCGACGACGACGGCAACCUCACCGACCUCGGCGCCGUCAUGGCCGAGUUCCCGCUCGACCCGCAGCUGGCCAAGAUGCUGAUCGCCAGCUGCAACCACAACUGCUCCAACGAGAUACUGUCCGUCACCGCGAUGCUAUCAGUCCCGCAGUGUUUCGUGCGCCCGAACGAGGCCAAGAAGGCGGCGGACGACGCGAAGAUGCGAUUCGCGCACAUCGACGGCGACCACCUCACCUUGCUCAACGUCUACCACGCAUUCAAGCAAAGCAUGGAAGAUCCACAAUGGUGUUACGAUAACUUCGUCAACUACAGAUCCUUAAAAUCUGCAGACAAUGUCAGACAACAACUCUCCAGAAUUAUGGACCGAUUUAAUCUAAAACGUACAUCCACAGAUUUCACUAGCAAAGAUUAUUACCUAAACAUACGGAAAGCUUUAGUGAAUGGGUUUUUCAUGCAGGUCGCCCAUUUAGAACGAACAGGUCACUACUUGACCAUAAAAGAUAACCAAAUUGUGCAGUUGCAUCCGUCCACCUGCUUGGACCACAAACCCGAGUGGGUCAUUUAUAACGAGUUCGUGCUGACGACGAAGAACUACAUCAGAACGGUGACAGAUAUAAAACCUGAUUGGCUAUUGAAGAUAGCCCCGCAGUAUUACGACCUGCAAAACUUCCCGCAGUGCGAAGCGAAACGACAGUUGGAAAUCCUGCAAAGUCGGUUAGAGUCGAAGCAGUUUCAGCAGGGAUUUUAGUUUUAUUACUAUAACACUUCUUCUAUUGUUUAUUAUUAGCUGAUGUAUCUUUGGUUCUUUUAUGUGUGUGUAUUUCAUUCCACGAUUUAUUAUGUUACGUUAUGAGCAACAUAAAAAAAUAAUUAUGUUUUAUUAAAGUAAAUUAGAUUUAAAAGAUGUAUGUAGCUUUAUUUUAUA